CUCCACCCCCAUCGUCUUUUGUGGGAAUCCCCGAAAACAACGUGCUCCGUGUAAGCUCAUAAUAUUUUGAGUUUUUCGGCUGUUUCAGCUCGCCUCCUCUGCCUUCGCAGGUGACUCAUCUUCCUCGGACAGCGGCAGCGGGUCAUACGAGGUAGCUGUGUGGUCGUGCGCCUCUUAUUCGUUACGGUAGUUGAGCCGUACUCCUGUGUCUUGGCUCUUCCCUCAUUUUCUCUCAGCUGGUAAAGGAGGGAAAUAAAUGAUGGAAGAGCAGGGUCUCGACAGUCUGCAGCUGAGCCAGGGCCUGGCAAUGAGCCAGGACUCCUUUCAGCAGCUGUGGGAUACCGUAGCAACUCCCUCCAUCUCCACCAUCCCAGCAGCAAUGACUAUGGAUCAAGAGACCUGGAGGCCAGAUGGACAGAUGGAUAUUAUGCUCAUCAAUGACCACGUGCUGACUGACGGCUUUGAUGAGAAUCUGUUUGAGAAUCUGCCCCCAGAGAUGGUGACUAAAGAUGGUGUUACUCCUCCAGCCUCCACCGUCCCGGUUACAACUGACUAUCCAGGGGAAUAUGACUUCCAGCUUCGCUUCCAGAAGUCUGGCACAGCCAAAUCCGUCACCUCCACUUAUUCGGAGCUUCUCAACAAGCUGUACUGCCAGCUGGCAAAAACCAGCCCAGUGGAAGUGUUGGUGAGCAAGGAGCCUCCGCAGGGUGCUGUCCUCAGGGCCACGGCGGUUUAUAAGAAGACUGAGCAUGUGGCUGAUGUGGUCCGCAGAUGUCCCCAUCACCAGAAUGAGGAUGCUGCCGAGCAUCGCAGCCAUCUGAUCAGAGUGGAGGGCAGCCAGAGGGCUCAGUACUUUGAAGACCCGCACACUAAGAGGCAGAGUGUGACCGUCCCUUACGAGCCACCCCAGUUGGGCUCUGAGAUGACGACCAUCCUGCUGAGCUUCAUGUGCAACAGCUCCUGCAUGGGCGGCAUGAACCGCAGGCCAAUCCUCACCAUCUUGACCCUGGAGACCACCGAGGGACUGGUGUUGGGCAGGAGAUGCUUUGAGGUCCGAGUCUGCGCAUGUCCAGGCAGAGACCGCAAAACUGAGGAGGAUAACCGCACCAAGAUGCAGAACGGCACCAAGCAAACCAAGAAAAGAAAGAGCAACCCUGCUCCAGACACCACCUCAGUGAAGAAAUCCAAGUCUGCCUCCAGUGCAGAGGAGGAAGACAAAGAUGUCUUUGUUCUGCAUGUUCGUGGUCGGGAGCGUUACGAGAUGCUAAAGAAAAUCAAUGAUGGUCUAGAGCUGCUUGACAAAGAAAGCAAAACCAAGUCUAAGGUGAAACAAGAGGUCCCUGUUCCCUCCUGCGGAAAGAGACUGCUACAGAGAGGAGAGCGCAGCGACAGCGACUGAGAAGCUUGCCACCUCGAUCACGAGAACGAACGUCAUCUCUUAACUCCUUCCAAGCUGACAGGUCUAUUUCAGGUUUUUACUCGUCAUUGGAAACCCCAGAAUCACCUCCUGCCUCCGUAUGCUAGAAAACUUGAUCACGAGAGCUGGUAACUGUACUGCCUGACCAUUUACUGUACUGUACGUGUACUGUACAGUGUCUUGUUGUUUAUGACAUAUGCAAAUGAAUAAAGGUUGAAUGCGUUAUGCAGAGGAGAGCAGCUCAUACUGUAAGAAAGUCGCUGCUGCCUCCUCCUCACUGCUCUCAGUACAUUUGUACGUCCGGUUAAAUGCCUGUAAGAUCUUAAUCUCCCUGUGAUUGCAUGAAACAGGAUGUCGGGGUGGGAUUUUAAAUUGACUUUUAAUGACUCUUUUUAAAAUGUACGUCAUUCAUGUUGUCAUUUUGUUAUGCAUUACGUUAAGUCUGAUUUACAUGGAAACUGAAGAGAUUUGUUGUUUUUCAGUGACAUUUGUUAUACGUUUUGUCGACAUGAUAAUUAUGAUCUUAAUUUGGUUUAAAAGAAGUUACAGUUGAGGCAGAUGUGUGAUUACAAAGGAUCAUAGUCUAAACACGAGUCACUGCCAUUUAUUUAAAACGGUGCAAACUCACUCUUGUGAGACUUGAAUGGGUGUUUACCUCCAUUAACGUUGCUGUAUUACUGUACCCACACAAAUCCACACAUUUCCAUGUAGCUGUGUGAGGAAGUUUGGCCCAUGUGUUGCUGUUCAGCUGUCCAACCUAAAUGUGCUGUGCAAGGUUAAAAAGAAAAACAAGACAGGAACUAAUGUAAAGCAAAAGGGUUGCAUCUUCCUUUUUUUAAAAAUGUUUUUUUUAUUUUUUUUUUUUAUGUUUUUUGUUUUAUCAAAAAGCUGUACAUAGACUUCAGCCCUCCCCUUUGUUUUCCUCAGACAUCAGUAUGUUAUUCUCACUGAAUUUUGUUAAAAUUAACACUAGAUUUGGUAGAUGAGGGGCUGGCUGGAUCACCCCAAAACCUAUCCACCUUCUUAGUAGUUUGUGGAAGAAAAAAAAUUUUUGUGAGUUUUAGAUAUUUGGUAUCAGAACACAAAGGGACUCAGUGGGACCUUUUUCAGGUAUCAUAAACAAGUUUUAGUAACCAUUUCCUGUGUAAACCGAUACAGUAUGUUUUUGUUUUGGGCCUUCAGUCCACAGACCAUGCAGCCAUUUAAUCAGCACUUCAGUUUGACGUGACCAAUCACUGUCGAUUUAAUAAAACCACUUUUUGUUUUUACACUGCCAUAAAAUUAUCCUUAAGGCAUUCAUUUCUUUGUUUUAUUUCUGUAUCCUUAUAGAUUAUUUUGGGAAGUUAGUUUUAUAUAAGAGGUUUAUCUUUAUAUUUUUUUCAUUGUUAUUUUUUUCAUGCUUUAUUUUGUACUAAUUACGCAUUUUGUUACUUAAAGCUUUAAACCAAAAUAAAUGCUUAAUGUCACACA